CCCAGAAAACUCUCCUCAUUAACUAAUGAGCAGGAUGUCAGCGACUGCCCCCACACACACACACACACACACUGAUUAUCUCAUCCCGUGGCUGAGUGUCAUCGCCCCGCAGGGCUCUCAUCACACAGCUGUAUCCAGUCUCUUCAUUCAUGGAGUGAAACUGUUCUUCGCGGGAUGGAGGCGGUGGCUCUCUUCUCCUUCGCAGCAUCAGAAGCAGACGAGAUCGGUUUUCAGAAAGGGGAAGUGAUCAAGGUGACGGAAAUGGAGGAGGAUUCUUGCUGGGUCACAGCAGAGAUCCAGGGGAAGCGCGGCUACGUGCCUCAGAACUACGUUUCCCUGCUUCCUUAUCCGUGGUUUGCAGGACGGGUGUCGAGACUGGAAGCCGAGAGGCGUCUCCAGCGGCACGACGCCGGCGUGUUUCUGGUGAGGGAGAGCGAAUCAGCUCCCGGAGAGUUCUCCGUCUCCGUUAGCUACGGCGAGAGGGUGGAGCACUUCCGGGUGCUGGAGGGCGGAGGUCAGUACUGCAUCUGGGACGAGUCCUUUCGCUCCCUCAACCGCUUGGUGGAUUACUACCGGACUCACAGCAUCGCCGUGGAGAAAGCCGUCUACCUCAGGGACCCCCCCGCAUCGCAGCCCGAACGUAACCCGUACCCCAACCCUUACAGGAGCAGCUCUCAGGAGGCCCUCCCCGCUGCCACCGGCUGCGCCGCCGCCCGCCUGCAGGCCCGCCCCCCCCGCCCAGAGAGGGAGGCCUCACGGCGCUUCCCCGACCUGGCCGCGGGGAAACCCCGUCUGGCCCACGCGCUCUGCGACUACACCCCCCCUCAGACCGCCCACCUCCACUUUCUCCGGGGCGACGUCAUCGACCUGCUGGACUGCUCGAGCUCGCUGGCCUGGAGGGGGCGCUGUCGAGGCCGAGUAGGAAUAUUUCCGCCGGAUUACGUCCAGCCGCUGUACCACUGACGACGCGCGGAACGCGACCUCCUCAUUAAUCCAAUGAUCCAGCUAUUAGUGAAACAAUUAGUACGGUGAUUGAUCGAUGCACUGACCGAAAAUUAGUUUAAGCCAAUUGUUAAUUAUUCAUUUGAAGGCCAUGAAAGAGUAUUUUCUUAAUCAGCUUUUUGUUUUCUCACACGAGCAGUUCUGUAUUGAACCACAAUGGUCAUAAGUGUUGGUUUGGGGAAUAACUACUGCAUAUCUGAGGAGUUGAUGGAACGCCUUUUGCGGAGCCAGAGAGAGCUGCCAGAUUUCCUCAAGUGAUCGAGCUGGGCCAAAGAACACAUGUUUUGAAAUGAGAAAAAUCUCACCGCACCUCGGUGGCUCGCGGCUCCGGGCCAUAUUAGCACAGCCCAAGUGUCGGUGGGUGAGUUGCAUUGUGGGUAAUGUUGGCACCAGGAUUAGACCAAGAGCAAUGGGAUAAAAGUGCAACGCUGAAUUUGUGCCCCACUCCUUUAAAAUUUGAAACCGCCCUUAAUUAAUUAUGUGGUAUGAAGCGAAUUGGCCAAAUAUUUGUGGGUUUCUACCAUUCAAAUUUGAGGACUUGUUUAUUUUCUCUUUCCUUUAUCAUUAUUAACUGUGUAGCUUGGGUUUUGGACUGGUGAUCAUACACAAUGUCAGGAAACAACAGGUAACGUCCUCUUCAAUGCGUGAGGAUGAUUCAGUGAAGAGGAUAAAAUAUUCAGUCCGCAGUGAAUCUGUACAAAUCCUAAAUCCUUAAUCCCAAUAACCUCCUUUCACCAAAAGCUUGUAUUCAAAAUACGAAUAUGCAGUUGAACUUCAUGUUUGCUUUGCCGCCUUGUCUGACCUCCUCCUUAGUGAAUGUAAAUAAACUGUAAACAAGACCAAUAAAGAGUGAUAUAUG